GCGAUUUUGCGAUCUUCAUCGCCGUCUCCAAAGGUCGAGGUUUGGUCCUGCUGCGCGCCACGCGAGCAAUGCAUCGAGGCGCGGGCUCUCGCUUCGACAGAAGUGCUGUCGGCGCCCGGGCACACGCAGGUCGUGCGAUUUGGCGUGGUGAUUGCGAGGAAGAUACGUGUCUGCGUUGCGACGUCGACUUUUGGGACCAGGUGUCGUUGCUGCUGGCUUUGCUCGCCGACUUUGACCGAUAUUGUUCGUACAGUUCUUUCCGCUGAGCGGAACCGAGUGUAGAGGAGGAGAGGAAUUGUCUUCGUGGAGGAAGGAGUAGGUAGUUCUCGCAUCCUGGACGCGUGGCACUGUGCAGUCGGCAGCAUCUUCUUCAUACAGCGAAAAGUACAGCGAAAAGUCCAUUACGCGUGUUCUGCUUCGUGGUGGCUCUGGUGCGUAUUUCACUCUCUUUACGUCGGACGAAAGCUGCACAAGGGAAAGAGAGAGGCAGGAUUCGUUCUGGAGCCGCCGCGGUGGAAACGGGUGCAAAGGGUUAAUUAACGCGGUGAAAAGGGUAAAGAAGGGAGUGAAGUUGCGUGCAGGCGCAGCCAGGAGUCGGCUGAAGGAGGUUUGGUCUUGUUCACAUCACGAGGGUUAAAGCGGGAAGGGGCAAGGAGAUGAGAGGAGGAAGACCGAGGGUGCGCUGCGAGUAGAGUCCGCUGGUGUCUUUGUGCGCUUUGGGUAGGACUGGUGUUCUAUUGGAGUUCUAGCAAAAGUAGGGAAAGAGGCGAACACGUUGCCAGGGUGAAAGGACGACAAAGAAGAAGGUCAGGGGCUGCUGCACGGACGUAGAAUCCACUGGUCUCUCUGUGCGCUUUUGGUAGAAGGGGAAGAGCGGGCAAAGAGUGGAGGGAGGCGGCGGGUGAAGGCCAAGGUGAGCAAAGGGGGAGGGAGGUGUGUUUUUCAGUCAGGCUUUUCCGGUAGGGUCAAGAAGAGUUCUUUUCUCGGGAAAAGAUGAUGGCUGGGGAGGAUGUGAGUGUUGUCACGGCAAGCAUGGUUGGUAAUUUCCCUUUGGAUUCCGCCUCUGCAAUCGGCCGAACCGGAGGGGACAGGGGCGGCAGUACCCAGGCUGCCUCGGGCGGUCAGGAAAACUCGGUCGGAAGAUUGGCGGCGAAGUACGGCCUUGUGCAGAGACAUCAGGACGGGACGGUGGAACUUGUCGCGGGUGAUCACGGUAGAAGCGGUAGCAGAGGAGAAGGAGGUGAGCGGAAGGCUACCGGGAGCGAGCGGGGUUUGAGCAGGGAUCUGACACGUGCAGCAAUCGAGGAGGCGAGGUACAGACUAGAGAAGCACGGCGACAGAGCGAAGAUGAGUAUCAAGCUUGGGGAGCUCCAAGAGAGCAGCCGCAUAAGGAGGCCGGGAUUCGACGGAGGAAUUUCGGUAGUCCCGCCGUUGACUAGCCCUAAGGGAAGUGGGGUUGACAUGCCAUCGUUGGCAGGAACGCCGACGCCAAGCAGCCGAAGCUCUAGCAGCAUAUCUUCCGCACAAGGAACGCUGGAGGAAGGAGAGAGACUGGGGGUGGUUGGAGGGGGAGGUGGAGGUAUCAAAUCCACGGCCGGAGCGAGCCCUCGGAGUCUUGGGUCGUUAACAACGAGUCCUUCGUCCGUGGCAUCGAGUAAUUAUGGCAGUGCAACGGAGGGAGGAGCAGAGAGAAGAGGGGUAGGGUUGGGCGGAGAGAAGCCUGGUCCCCUCUCGUCCGGUGUCGGUGACUGGCACAUGAUGCAGGGAAUAGAUAAGUUCCUGGAACUGGGACUUGUGGCGCAGCAGUCACCCAGGUUCACGGAAAUGAUCAUGGAAAUGGCCGCAGUCGCGGCCAUGAGGGAGGGCGGAUACCUGGGAGGGCGGAGAGAGGGAGAGGAGGUGGUUCUGAUGGGAGACGGGACUAACACUGUGGACGAGAAGAGUGGGGAGAUGGCGACGAGGCAGUUCCGCAAAUCUGUGUCCGCGAUUGCAGACUUGAAGAGAGAGAACGGAUUGGUGGCCUCCAGUCCGUCGUCGCCGAUGAGUUACGGCAGCAAGGGGGGCGGUGGCGGUGGGUCGUUGUUGAAGAGCCAGAGCCUGACCUUCGGUCGGCUGGAGAAAACGAACAGGCUGAAAGGCUACGGGAGCGCGGAUGCAGCCAGAGAGAAGGAGGAACGGUCUCGUCGAAUGCAGGUUUACAGGCCUCAUGAUUACGACCGGGUUAACACGGAGGUUACCAUCACGUUAACUGGCUUGGUUAACAUUGAUCGGAAAGACUCGCUGGGACGACCGAUAGUGGUCGUCGAUGCGAGCUUCAUCCCGCCGCCAAGGCUGCGAUUUGCUGCCGUGGCGAUGAUCAGGGAGAGGAUGGAUCCCAUUGUGCAGGAGCCAUACGUUCUGGUGUUUGUGAUGACGCCGAAAAACCUGCACAAGGCGGCGCCGACCAAGGUUCCCGCGUGGUGGUGCUUGAAAGUGUAUCGACAUUUGCCACGGCCGUACAAGAAGAAUGUGCAGCGGGUGGUUUUCAUUCACCCAACUCUGUGGUUCUCGAUUAUUUUCAAGGUGAUUCAGCCCUUUCUCAGCAGCAAGGUCUAUAGAAAGUUUGUGAGGGCCAGUAUGCUGAGCGAUAUUGAGGAGCAAGUGGGGGGUGAAAUUAAGCUGAGUCAGAUUGCCUUGGCGCCACACGUGUUCGUGCACGACAAGAAGGUUAUCGCUCAUGGCUCGUUUCUCAAGGAGGUGAAGGAAGCUCUUAUGGACAAGCCGCUGGCGGCCGUGGCCAAGGUGGUGGAAGCGGUGAACGGCAGGGGCGAGGGGCUGGCGACUGCAGUGAGUUCCAUGAGGCCGAUCCCACUGGCGUCUUCCUCUGCCGAUGUGGGAGGAAUAGAAGUAGAUGGGCGCUCCACGGCUCCCGCUGCCGCUGCUGCUGCGGCGGUUCGUCCUCCUGUGGCUCCGCUGCCACUGGCACCUCGCACACCGACCGCAGGUGGACACUCGGGAGGUCCUACGGGUACACUGAGCCCCGCUCGGAUACUGGACAGUGGAGGAGGAGGGGCGGGAGCGGAAGGCACGCGCAAAUCGCCACGAAGCAUGAGUUCUUCAUCUUUUAGGUCAGCAGGAGCAAGUGUAGGUAUCACAACGACGGCUGCCGUGCGAGGGUUGUCGGCUCUGCCCUCGGCCAAGUCACAAGAGACGACGGCUUCGCAAACUCAGUAGCAACUGACGAGUGCUGUCAUCGAUGUAGAUUUGGUGAGUCCUUUUCCCCUGGAGAUGUCCAGGAUGGGGGAACUAAGUUCCUUCACUUCGGCUCCUCCUCCUCCUCCUCCUUUGGUCGGUUCAAAGAGUCCAGAGGCAGAGAAUUGCCUCCAUGACGAGCUGAGGGUUCGUGCCAUCAGUGCACAUUUCACCUCACCCUUCAGCUCUGAUUCUUUAGGAUCUAUUUAUUAAUGAAAUUUGGAUCGUGCCCACAAGCUAGUAAAGGCUGUCAAAUAUUACAUAUCCUAAGUUGGCCACGCGGCCUCAGCGCGUUCAAGGCACACGAGGGAGGACAAGCGUGUAGGGGGGGGCGCGGGCACACACACACACACACACACACAGAGAGAGAGAGAGAGAGAGAGAGAGAGAGAGAGAGAGAGAGAGAGAGAGAGAGAGAGAGAGAGAGAGAGAGAGAGAGGUGUUCAGAGGAGUGUAAAAUUGAACGAUUACUUAGAGGUGCAGAGUACUCAAGCAUAGGUGGUGGGUGCGGCGCUGUUCAUAAAACGUGAUUCCUGCAGUGUGGGUAUCGGUUUGGCUGCAGUUGAUGGCGCUGCCGAGGUGGUACUUGUAUUUUUCAUGAAAUUGCAAUCACGUGGGUAUGUUGGUGAACGUGUUGAGAUGCUAGAGGUUUGUUGCAGACAAAUGUCGAAGACGGGUAUAGGUUUAACUUGAACGUGUGCGGCAGCUAGGGAAUGCUGGGCAAGCAACCGUAUAAAACUGAUUCAGUAGCAGGCUAGGAGCGGGAUUGAGAACCGGAACAAUCUAGUUGUGUGCUUGAUUGUAUGCCUAGGUUAGAACGUUUGUAAGGGCUGGAGAGAACCAAUCUGUUGUUUAUUUGUAUUCAUUUCUGCCUGGUCGGCGAGGACCUGUUGAAGAUGUUGUGAAAUUUCAAAUAGGUAUUGAAAGAGCGGAUGUGUUUUGACGUUUUCGUCUCUCUUUCUCUUCUUACUUUGCGCAUGUGUUGAUCUGCGUGAUGGACGGUGAGUGGAGACACCAGGCUGAAUUGUUUGUGGACGCUUGCAGACGGUAUGCAGAGGGAAGUGGAAUCGCAAGAGGCAGAACAGGGAUAUGAAAUGGUCGUCAAGGGUGCUUUCCGGGAUUGAUUCCCUGCUUCGUGGGUUAUCGAGGUGCAGUUCGUUAUACUCUGUUUGGUUCUUAACUGAGUGGUAGGGCCCAAAGCCAGCCGUCCGGCAAACGGGCUUUGCCUUGCUUGUAUGUGAGUGUAUUAUGGAAUCCUCCCACAUGGGCGUUUCCAUUGACUUUGACUGAGCUACAAUCAGACAUAUGCAGGAAAGUCUAGAUGCGAGUCAGUCGCUACUUAAUCAUUACGUAUUUACCACGUCGGUGAUACUACGGCCAUUCAUGGUUGGUAGUGUGGUGGGUUGUGGAUAGCUGACCCCUCCUUGUUCGCUGGGUGGGAGAGGCUAUAGGAGGGAUAAGAACAAGAUGCAGUGUGAUUGUCCAAGCUCAUCACGCAAGAACAACCAGUCGGUCGUUCCAUGUAGGGGGAGAAAGAGGAGAAAGGAAGGGCGUCAAGGGCGUUGGCAUGUGGCAGCAAGUGACGAGUGUGGAGCCUCUCCAAGGUGAUCUGGGCUGAGGAAUGCGCUUUGCUUUCCUAAAGCGGGGGGAAAGAUAGUGGGUAGUGUUGAAGACACGGAGGCGAAGAGCAGAGUGUUCUGGAAACGACGAAGGAAGCUGUAGCAGAAAGGGAAUGUUCAGUGUGUGGAUCUCAUCUUGGUGAGAUGGACUAUUUACAUGGAUAACUUUUCCCCGCCGAUAAAAGCUCAUGAUGAUUACCCGGGGUUCGAACUGUUGUCGUUCUGGUGGAGCUGAGUCGAUAUUUUUCAUGGAUAAGUUCCCCGUGUAUAAAAGCGUGAUGAUUACCCAGGGUUCGAACUUUUGUUGUGCUUCUGCUGGAGCUGAGUCGGUAUUGCGAUUGCGUAAUUCAAUUUUCUCUGAAAGUUUGUUCUCAGGGGAGGAAGGAAAAGAGGUUGGGCGGCUGAAUGGUGCGGGGAGCAGGAGGCGCAAAGAAUCCAGCCGUUGGCUGAUAUAUUUUAUGUGAAUAUGAUAAUAUUUGCAUAUCCGUUCAUUUGUGAGAAAUUGUGGGCCAUGGGUGGAGCCACGGCAAGGGACGAGAGAUUAUAAACCAUGUUUCGAUAAACUGGAAAAGAACGG